AGAGAGAGAGAGAGAGAGAGAGAGAGAGAGAGAGAGAGAGAGAGAGAGAGAGAGAGAGAGAGAGCAAGAAGAGCGAGCUGUGAGCUCGGCUGCUGCCGCUGCUGCCCUUUGAUCCCUGCAUUAGUGUUAGGGGCUUGGAGACACACAGAGAGCGGCCAUAGACACCGCCGCACCAGGGCUCAUUAUCUACCCCACACAUAACACACACAAGCAUAGGACCCACACAUACACACACACAUACACCACUAAGCAGAUCCAUUGAAGAAUAUAUACGAUCGGGGACAAGCCAGGUGCACGACCAAAAAAAAAAAAAAGGAGGAGGGGGGGAGAGGUUGGAAAGGAAAAAAAAAAAGAAAGAAAAGAAGAAAACCCCUCUUCUGGCUUCAGGAGACCAGCUUCAACCCACUGCCCAGGGCUGCGAGAAGGGAUUCCCCCUGCUCUGCUCUCUCCCGGCUCCCCGCCUGCCUCGCCUGCCGCUGCCCGGGUCUGCCUCGGUGCCCCCACGGGGGUUUUAUUUGAUCUCCCAUUACCCAAGGAGGAGAAUGUGAGAAAAGGGGGAAAAUGCCCAGGAGGAAGCAGGAGCAGCCCAAGCGCCUUCCCUCACAUGGUAGUAGACAGGAAGACGCAGAAGGAGAACUUAGUGAGGAAGAACAUUGGUUUGGAAACUCUUCGGAGACCCCUUCAGAAGCAUCCUAUGGAGAAGUCCAGGAGAAUUAUAAACUGUCUCUCGAGGACAGAAUCCAGGAGCAAUCUACUUCCCCAGACACUUCGUUGGGAAGUGCGACCCCAAGUAGCAAUACCUUGGAGCUGAUAGCUUUGGAAAGUGAGGCCCUGCGAGACCCAUUACAGUGUCAAGGUCACCUUUCUCCUGGUGUGUCUUCUUUGUGUGAUGAUGACCCCCCUGGUUCAAACAAGCCCCUGAGCAGCAAUCUGAGAAGGCUGUUGGAGGCUGGUUCCCUCAAGCUAGACACCACAGUCACCGCCAAUGGCCGGGUGGAGUCCCCUGUCAACCUUGGCGCCAAUCUCUCCUUUUCUCCACCAUCUCAUCACGCCCAACAGCUUAGUGUUCUCGCCAGGAAGCUGGCUGAGAAGCAAGAACAGAAUGACCAAUACAUUGCUGGUAACCGCUUUAUAUGGAAUCAAGGCAAAUGGCUGCCAAACUCAACCACCACCUGUGGCUUGUCCCCCGAUUCCGCCAUCCUCAAGUUGAAAGCAGCCGCCAAUGCCGUACUCCAGGACAAAUCUCUCACGCGGACUGAGGAGACAAUGCGGUUUGAGUCCUUCCCCUCGCCCUUCAGCUCCCAGUCCGCCAGUUCCACUUUGGCGGCUUUGUCCAAGAAAGUGAGUGAGAGAAGCUUGACCCCCGGCCAGGAACACCCUCCCCCUGCCAGCUCUUUUCUCUCUCUGGCUUCUAUGACCUCCUCAGCAGCUCUUCUGAAAGAGGUUGCUGCAAGAGCUGCUGGGAGUCUUCUGGCCGAGAAGUCUUCACUGGUGCCUGAAGAUCCUUCGCCGCCUCAGCCUUUGGAGAAAAAACAAGAAAAAGGAACCCCACCCCAGUCCCUGGAGUUACUGUUGCUCCCUGUACCCAAGGGAAGGGUUUCCAAACCCACCAAUCCAGCCCCAGAAGAAGAAGGAGGAAAACCUUUCCAGUGCCCGAUAUGUGGUUUGGUUAUAAAACGGAAGAGUUACUGGAAGCGGCACAUGGUGAUUCACACCGGUUUAAAAAGUCACCAGUGCCCUCUCUGUCCAUUCCGGUGUGCCCGCAAGGACAAUCUCAAAUCCCAUAUGAAGGUUCAUCAACACCAGGACCGAGGCGAGACCUUCCAGUGCCAGCUCUGUCCUUUUACCUCCUCCCGUCACUUUAGCCUGAAGCUCCACAUGCGAUGCCAUCAGCACUUCCUGAGGACAGAAGCCAAGGUGAAGGAGGAGAUCCCAGAAACAGAUGUGAAGGGGUCGCCGCACCUCAGUGAGAGUGCCUGUCUGGGACCGCAAAGGGAAGGAGCAGGCACAGACUUAGUGGGGACUCCAGUCCUGUCUAGAACUCCAGACAGGACUAGCCAGAACAGUGCUGGAAUUCCACCCUUGUUGGUCAAGGAAGAGCCCAAGGAGGAUAAUGGCCUGUGCCCUUCUUUUACCCUGAAUGUUGCCGACAGACCUAUGAACAACACAAAAUUGAAAGACACCUCAGACUACGUGGCCAAUACCGCGUCAGCGUUGUUCAGCCAAGACAUCUCCGUGAAGACGGCAUCGGACUUUCUCAUGAAGCUGUCAGCGGCAAAUCAGAAGGAACCCAUGACUCUUACAUUGAAAGUGAAAGAGGAGCCGAAGGAUGAGGAAACUCUAAGUUCAACGUUGCCUCAGUCCAGCUAUGUAUUUAGGCCGGGAUCUGAAGUGUCAGCCUCCAGUCUCCCUGAGGAUACAAUGAAGCCACAGGAAGGACUAAGGAGGGAUAUGUCUGUCAAAGCAGCAUCAGAACUUCUUAUGAAGCUAUCAGCUGAAAGCUACAAGGAGACACAGGCAGUGAAGAUCAAAGAGGAACCCAUGGAAGUUGACAUCCAUGACUCCCGGGCCUCAAUAUCACCGAGCCGGAAUGUUGGCUAUAGCACUUUAUUAGGGCGAGAGAAAACUGAACCCUUGCAAAAGAUGCCAGAGGGCAGAAUGGGCCCUGAAAGAAGCCUCUUCAGUCAGGAUAUCUCUGUGAAGAUGGCUUCAGAGCUCCUCUUCCAACUGUCAGAAAAGGUGAGCAAAGAGCACAAUCACACCAAGGAGAACACCAUCCGGACCACCACCAGCCCUUUCUUUUCGGAAGAUUCAUUUAGACAAUCACCAUUCACCUCCAAUUCAAAAGAUCUGCUGCCCAGCGAGUCUGUGCUCCACACGGGAACAUCAACCCCAGAGAACAGAAAAGAUAGGGCUGGAGGCAGGAAAUGGAUUACCAUCUUGGAAGUUUAAUGACAGCUUUUUCCUGCGACGACGUGUUGGGAAAGUGUUUGGCCGACAGCAGACGUUGUCCCGACAUCUCUCACUGCACACAGAGGAGCGAAAAUUCAAAGGCCACUUGUGCCCGUAUGCGGCUAAGUGCCGUGCAAACCUGAACCAGCACCUGACUGUCCAUGCCGUGAAGCUGGUGAUGCACCGACACUGAGGACAUUGUCAGCGCCGUCACCUCGAAGGCUGCGAUGGAAGGAAGCACCCUUAUUA